AUGGCAGCGUCUCCAAUUCCCAUGUCCCGAAUCGGGGAUCGUGCCUUCAACCACAGCGCUAGCAACGAUGCCGAAGCCGAAUAUGACCGCCUGCGAGACCUCGCCCGGAACGAGGGCGACAAGAUGAGGUCGUGUUUUGAUCAGAGCCACGAGCUCUACUCCAGCGGUGACGGUGCCGGAGCCAAGCACAAGUCCGAGGAAGGCAAGCGCCACCAGAAGCAGCGGGACGCCUACAACAAGCAGGCUUCCGAGUACAUCUUCCGCGAGAACAACGCCGUGGGCCGCGUCGGCGACGACACCAUCGACCUCCACGGCCAGUUCGUCGAGGAGGCCGAGGACAUCCUCGAGGCGCGCAUCCGCGACGCCCAGGCCCGCGGCCAGACUCAUCUGCAUGUCAUCGUCGGCAAGGGCAACCACAGCUCCGGCCACGUCCAGAAGAUCAAGCCCCGCGUCGAGCAGAUCUGCCAGAACAUGGGCCUGCAGUACGCCACCGAGGAGAACGAGGGCCGCCUCUACAUCAACCUGAGCGGCGGCCAGGUUGAUGGUUUGCCGUCCCUCCCCUCUCAGCCCGGCGGCUACCAGGGCGGCUACGCUUCCGGAGGCAGCCCCUACCCCGGGAGCCCUUCCCAUUCUGGCGGCGGCAGCCCCUAUCCCGGGAGCCCCUAUCAGCAGGGCGGCGGCCACAAGCCUCAGGCGCAGCACCAUACGCCGCAACAGGGGUACCAGCAGCAGCAGCACCAUCAGCAACAGCAACAGCAGCAGCAGCAAGGAAACGAAGUCGAGCAGCUUGUCGAAAAGCUGCUGCCGAGGAUAUUCAAGAAGCUCGACGGCUGCUGCAUUGUUAUGUAG